AUAUGUAGUACUUUUAAAUGUUCUCUGCAACAGCGCGCCAACAGCCGCCUAUCGGAUUGACGUAAAACUAAAACUACAGCGUGACAGCAGUCGCGUGUACUGUGUCGACAGUGGAUAAAAUCUAUAGAACUACACGCAGGAAAUAUUUCUGUCCUGUGUGGCACACUUCGACAUAGCCGCCUGGGCAAGGAUGCGGCAUAUAAAGCCGUCACAAGAUAAUCUUCAUCUCGAUAAGCGCCAGCUCUUUUAUGUUCCUCACCAGCAUGAAGCCCUCAAGACAGCGAGUUUUACUCGAAUACCUGGUCGUUGCCAGCGGCGUAUUCCUGAGCGGAUUUUUCGCGGGUCUUCCGUCACAGUAUGCCACAGCGGGUGCUACUUUAGUCAUUCUCGUGAUUCUUUACGCACGUCAACACGAUGAGCAGUUCAAGACCGACCAAAGGCCACAUGCCGACAGUGGACUGUGGCUCGCAGUGCUACUUCCCUUUGCGCUACUCACUGGUGGCAACUGUUAUUCCCACGGAGAAGCUUAUAUCGUCAGCGAAGUAGUGUGCAGCCAAACGUUACUUGUGUCUGUUUCACUCCUCUACGACGCUAGUUGGAUCGUACCUUUUAUAUCGGUACUCUGGGGUGCUGGUUUACUAAUUUACACCACCGAAUUCGUGUACUUCGCCGUUAUAAUAUCAGUAUUCGCUGUCUUAAUUUUUCAACACAUAUCUUCGUCCGUGAAACUGUAUUCCCCGAAGUCAUUCACAGUUGGCGAACUUGUACUCGUAUGCCAAGGGGUGACGACAUUCCUGUCAUGUGCAGUGUCAGCACUUGCCUGCAAAGCCAUCUACGGAGACGAGUGCUCACUCAAUUCCUCCGCCUCUGCCGGAUUUCUACAGGCAGGGUUGACGAGUCUCUGUCUCUUCAUAGCUGCAAUCCAACAAUUUCCCCGACUUAGGACGCCCUUGGGCUUCUACGUUGCCCUUCUCGUUUCGGGAGCCUGCCUGGUCUACCCAUUGUGCACGAUGAUGGUUAACCACGAACCGGUGUCGUGGCUACUCAUGCACUGCUUCGACACAACCACGAGGCUGUGUCUAAUGAUAUCGUGGUUGUUGCUGACGCUGGCCGCAAUAGCCUUCGUUUCCUAUUACACGACCUACUAUACAAAGUCCUCCACCGUGGUGAGGAAGGUGUUCCACGUGGUGGUGGUGCUGGUCUUCAUCCCCGGAGCCGUCCUGGACCCGGACCUCAUGUACCUGGCCUGCGGGUCGAUUCUCGGAGUCUUCAUGCUGCUGGAAAGUGUCCGGACGCUUCGGAUACCGCCUUUCGGUGCACGCAUCCACGACGCCUUCGGCAUGUUCCUCGACGAGAAGGACUGCGGGGCGUUUGUCCUGACACCGGUGUACCUGUUCAUUGGCUGCGCCACCCCUCUGCUGCUAUUUCCGGGGAAGUUUGAGUCCAAGGAAGUUGCCAUGGUGCUCACCAGCGGAACCAUCAGUCUAGGAAUUGGAGACACCGUUGCCUCCGUGGUCGGUUCCAGGAUCGGAAGGCACAAGUGGCCCGGAACUGUCAAGUCCAUAGAGGGAACUACGGCGUCGAUCCUAGCGCAGUUUCUAGUGUACUAUGUAUUGUUGUGGGCAUUUCAAGUUGGUGUUCUCAAGAUAGGAACGUUGUUGCUCUUAUCUGUUCUGUGCCUCAACGCGUACCUGGAGGCACUGACGACGCAGGUGGACAAUUUAGCUUUACCGGUGUUUGUGUACCCACUUAUGGUGACCCUGUAUGCGGGUCGCAAGCUGUGAGAAACUUACUGCAAUGGACAUCGAAAGCGUUAAUAUAUGUGUACCUUUCAAUACAACGAGCUAAAGAGAGAGAUAUAGGUUGAUUAACAAGUUGCAACAUUCUUUUUUAUUCCGCACACAUGCUGCCCAAAAAAAAGGAAAUGCGUAAUAAAUGUGUCGACGUGGG